GGCGGCGGCAGCGGCCGGAGAAGAUGGUGGCGCUGGAGGUAGGAGCGGCCGGAGCGGAGCUUUAUUCUCAGGUUUGGCACCGUCGCUGUCAUUAGCGCCGCCUGCUCCCGCGGGCCCGCGGACCCAGCUGUCAGGCAAGGCCCAGCGCAGGAAAAUGAGAGCGCAGUAAGCCGGCGCCGCCUCUCGCCCAGCCUUCUCCCACGCCCACCAUGAACCACUCGGAGGGCUCCGCGGAGGUGGAGGUGCCCGACGAGGCGGCAGGCGGGGAGGUGAACGAGUCGGUGGAGGCCGACCUGGAGCGCCCCGAGGUGGAGGAGGAGCAGCAGGCCCCGCGGCCGCAGCACUACCCGGGCCGGCCCCCGCGCGGGCGCGCCGUCGAGGACCUGCGGGGCGCGCAGCCCGGGCAGCAGGAGGACGAGGAGCGCGGGGAGAGCCUGGCGCGCUCGGCCAGCACGGAGAGCGGCUUCCACAACCACACCGACACGGCCGAGGGCGACGUGAUCGCCGCGGCCCGCGACGGCUACGAUGCGGAGCGCGCGCAGGACGCGGAGGACGAGAGCGCGUACGCCGUGCAGUACCGGCCCGAGGCGGAGGAGUACACGGAGCAGGCGGAGGCCGAGCACGCCGAGGCCGCGCACCGCCGCGCGCUGCCCAACCACCUGCACUUCCACUCGCUGGAGCACGAGGAGGCCAUGAACGCGGCCUACUCCGGCUACGUCUACACGCACCGCCUGUUCCACCGCGGCGAGGACGAGCCCUACGCCGAGCCCUACGCCGACUACGGCGGGCUGCAGGAGCACGUGUACGAGGAGAUCGGGGACGCGCCCGAGCUGGACGCGCGCGACGGCCUGCGGCUGUACGAGCACGAGCGGGACGAGGCGGCCGCCUACCGCCAGGAGGCCCUGGGCGCGCGGCUGCACCACUACGACGAGCGCUCGGACGGCGAGUCCGACAGCCCCGAGAAGGAGGCCGAGUUCGCGCCCUACCCGCGCAUGGACAGCUACGAGCAGGAGGAGGACAUCGACCAGAUCGUGGCGGAGGUCAAGCAGAGCAUGAGCUCGCAGAGCCUGGACAAGGCGGCCGAGGACAUGCCCGAGGCGGAGCAGGACCUGGAGCGUGCCCCCACCCCGGGCGAGGGCCGCCCCGAUAGCCCAGGGCUGCAGCCGCCGGUGGGGCAGCCUCGAUCGGCCUGCCCCGCGGGCGGCGGCGAAGGAGGACAGCGGUACAGCAAGGAGAAGAGGGAUGCCAUCUCGCUGGCCAUCAAGGACAUCAAGGAGGCCAUCGAAGAGGUGAAAACCAGGACCAUCCGUUCGCCUUACACCCCCGACGAGCCCAAAGAGCCCAUCUGGGUCAUGCGCCAAGACAUUAGCCCCACCAGGGACUGUGACGACCAGAGGCCAGGGGAUGGAGAUUCUCCGUCUCCUGGCAGUUCCUCACCUCUGGGAGCAGAGUCGUCAAGUACACCCCUUCAUCCCAGUGACCCCGCGGAAACCUCCACAAACAAAGAGUCAAGAAAAAGCUUGGCUUCAUUCCCAACCUACGUUGAAGUUCCUGGACCUUGUGACCCUGAAGACUUGAUUGAUGGAAUCAUUUUUGCUGCCAAUUACCUUGGCUCCACCCAGCUGCUCUCAGACAAAACUCCCUCCAAAAAUGUGCGCAUGAUGCAGGCCCAGGAAGCAGUAAGCAGGAUCAAGAUGGCCCAGAAAUUAGCCAAAAGCAGGAAGAAGGCUCCUGAAGGGGAAUCUCAGCCCAUGACCGAGGUGGAUCUCUUCAUCUCAACCCAGAGAAUCAAAGUAUUGAAUGCUGACACGCAGGAGACGAUGAUGGACCACCCUCUGCGGACCAUUUCCUACAUCGCAGACAUUGGGAAUAUCGUUGUGCUGAUGGCGCGACGGCGGAUGCCCCGCUCCAACUCCCAGGAGAACGUGGAGGCUUCCCACCCAUCGCAGGAUGGGAAGAGGCAGUACAAGAUGAUCUGCCACGUCUUUGAGUCUGAGGAUGCCCAGCUGAUUGCACAGUCCAUAGGGCAGGCGUUCAGCGUUGCAUACCAGGAAUUCCUCAGGGCCAACGGGAUUAACCCAGAAGACCUCAGCCAGAAGGAGUACAGUGACCUGCUCAACACCCAGGACAUGUACAAUGACGACCUGAUCCACUUCUCCAAGUCGGAAAACUGCAAAGAUGUCUUCAUAGAGAAGCAGAAAGGGGAGAUCCUGGGAGUUGUGAUUGUGGAGUCUGGCUGGGGAUCCAUCCUGCCGACUGUGAUCAUAGCCAACAUGAUGCAUGGUGGCCCUGCAGAGAAGUCGGGGAAGCUGAAUAUUGGGGACCAAAUUAUGUCCAUUAACGGCACCAGCCUGGUAGGCCUGCCUCUGUCCACCUGCCAGAGCAUUAUUAAGGGCUUAAAGAAUCAGUCCCGAGUCAAGCUGAACAUUGUGAGAUGUCCUCCGGUGACCACCGUGUUAAUCAGAAGGCCAGACCUUCGCUACCAGCUGGGUUUCAGUGUCCAAAAUGGAAUUAUCUGCAGCCUCAUGCGAGGUGGCAUAGCUGAGAGAGGAGGCGUCCGCGUGGGACACCGGAUCAUCGAAAUCAACGGACAGAGUGUGGUGGCCACCCCCCACGAGAAGAUCGUCCACAUCCUCUCCAAUGCUGUUGGGGAGAUCCACAUGAAGACGAUGCCAGCUGCCAUGUACAGACUGCUGACGGCCCAGGAGCAGCCCGUUUACAUCUGAGCCUGCGCCUCACGCUCCUCCGCAGCGGCAUGCAUGGAGGACUGUCCUCGUUGUGGUUGUGUUUCUCGUGCUGCAUCUGUGUGUCCACUGAGACAUUUUCCCUUCCCGCCCAGCAUCCGGUCUUACACAGGAAGAGAAGAAUCCGCAAGGACCUCUUUGCUCUCUGUCUCUUUCGUGCUUUUUCUUUUCCGUUGAUACCAGGGAAGUUUCCUGUUCACCCCCUUGAGGAUGGAGAACAGCAAGUAUCCAGCUGGGAUCUCCCCACAACCAUCGUGGAGGGCCUUUGGGGGUCCUGAGGUGCUGUCACUGCCGAAGGGAGGUCGUCUCUCCCCAGGAGGCUCAGACCUCAAAGAAGGAACUCCCAGGGGCAACACAGACACCAACUUAGCAGUGCCUACACCGGGUUGCUCAUCUCUGCUCCCCUGGAGUCAUUUGAUGGGAAUACGGUAUGAGGGGGACCAGCCCACAUCACAUAGGAAUUUGCACUGCCCAUCAUGUUCUGGGGUACCCUGCAUUAUUUCCACCCAGAAUUUCUGAGCCAACCUUAAACCUCUUCCAUGGCUAGUUUUAGUUUCAAUGUAUAUGUAUGUUCUCAUAUGGGCCUUCUCACCCAAGGAUAAAAGGGGAAAUGCUGGCCUCAGACAAGACUCCCAGAGCACUGCAGAGAGCCUGGUGAUUCGCAGGCCAUGCGAAGCCUUGCCAGGUUUUCUGGAAGUUACCAACCAGUAAUCACCACAGGCAUGGCUGGCUCUGUAUAUUACACACACACACACACACACACACACACACACACGUGCACUCUUUUCUCCCACCACCAGUGAGGCAGGCUGAACCCUGGAAAGUCCAUAGCAUCUCCUUGGGAGAUCCCUGCCCUGGGAGGAGGUUUGGCUGCAGGGCCCGGUCAGCCUUGUCCUGAGAGCCUGGGCCUCCCAACACCACCUUGACUCAAGAGUGUCCUCGUAGAGUCGCCCAUGCCCUCCAUGGGGGUCCUGGGGACAGUGAGCUGUUCCCCUGGAAGACAGUGAUGUGGGGGUCCCCAGUGUGUUUCCUGUCCUUAGUGGAUGCCAGCCUUCUUUUCUGCUCUGUUAGGGCACUAGACUGGAUAUUGUGUUGAAAGCCCAGAAUGGUCCUUAAGGCACAGCACUAAGGGGUCAGCAAUGAUCUCAAAUGAUGCCUAGGAUCCCAAAUGCGUUCCAGAAACCCGCUUACUGCCCUGUGGGUCUGAGUUUCCAGCUGCUGUGGAACAGUAUGUUUCCAUCAGGUGCCUCACUUUUAUGAUUCCAUCUCAGUUCAGUGCAGGUAUUUUAGUAAUAUUAUUAUUCUGAGCCACUUUUCACUCAUUCUUGGUCCAAAGAGCAUUUUGUUUUCAUGUGGGGUGUGGUUUGUUUUUUUGUUUUGUUUUAUUCAUGACCUCAGUAGAAACAGGGGAAGAAAAACUAAUAUAUUUUGUAAUAUUAAUAUAGUCCCUGUUCUCUACAUCUGUGAUAUUUAUGUUCUGUCUGUAGAAAUAGAAAUUCAGUGAGCAAAUGUUGGGUUGGAUAUAUUUAUAUAGAGAGAGGAGGGAUUUACAUGAAAGAAAAGUGAAUAUAGUGAGAUUACAAACAAUGAGACUUUGACCCGAGAGCAAUGUGGUCACUCCCCUGGGAUCUCUCUGUCUUCUGAGUUGUCUGCACAGAAAAGCCAAAUGCUUGAGAGGAAUUAGCAGCCGAACUCUGUUUGGCCAUAGUACAGAAAGCUCCAAUGAAGAGAGGCUACCAGCUGCCCAGAUGUCCUAUUUGAGAAGGAAAAAGGCUGCUGCCCCUGCAGAGAGCUGGGUGGGGUGGGGCUGGGGGAGCUAGGACCCCAGGACUUGUUUCAAGGAUGCUUACCAGAAUGCUAAAGAGGACCAGCCCAAGGUCAGCCUACCACCAAUGUGAGGGAUGGGAACCGUGGCCUAGGUUCUCUUUGCUUUUCCUGAAGUAACCCAACUACAGCCUCAUGUCAGAAAUACUAAAGUGUCAUCACCCCAUCUCUCCUCUACCGGAAGAGACAGUAGAACAGGAAUAACAUGACUUGGGUGCCAUCUCAGGCAGCAGGGGCCUCUGAAAACCACUGGAGGGACUCAUGCCUGCCUACUCCCAGGGUGGCUACUUGGGCACCUGGACAAGAACAGAGGCCGCCCGAGAUGGGCCCAGGGACAGGAGCUUCACAAGCACAUUCCUGUACAACUCCAAAUAAUUAGUCAAGCUUUUUACCCAAGGGAAAGAGGAGAUACUUUCCAUUCCUAUUGCAGAAAAACUUUGGAAACUUUGAGAAAGGCUGCAAAGUCAAUUUCCUAAGCCCUGCUAGAGAAGUAACAUGUUUUGGCUACAUUGUUCCUUGUCAAAGAAAGUGGUUCCUCACGCCCAGGGAGAAGACGGUUGGAGCUUGAUACAGGCUCACCUGGCUGAAGCAUAUUCUUUUCUUCUACUAACAUUGGCCUGUGUGUGAUUAACCUCAGAAUUGGGCUCUCAGGUGUUAGUCACUCCACGUCCAAAAGUCCCAAGUGGUGGUCUCUUUCCCCUUUGAUAUCUCCAUAUAUAUAGAGUUAUAUAUGUAAAUAUCUCAACACCUGGCAUAAUGGGGAAGACAAUGUAUAGAGCAUCCUUUCCCCAAACUGCAAGGCACAAAGCCACUCUGGCCACUCAGCUGGGACAGGCUCCCAGACUUGCCUCCCCCUCGGGGUCCAGCCAGGAUGCACCAGAACCCACCCUGCCUCUGCCUUCUCCAGUGGGAGCAUUUCAGGGAGCCACCAUCAGCCUUGGGUCCGUGAGAGGAAGAAACCCCCAAAGACCAACGCCUGGAGCCCACUUCCCAAGCGACUCCAUCCUCCAGCCCCAGAGCAGCUCCUGGGGUGGAGCACAUUCCAGGGCUCUCCGCCCUACACGUGGGCGAGCUUUCUGAGCACUGCGUAUCACACCGGCCUUCAGGGAGCCCAGAGUAACCUACUACCUCCCCCAUUGCUCCUCCUGUCCCCGCAGCCCGUCCAUGCCUGUGUUCCCGGCCACACAGCCCCUCGGGGCCCCUCCACCCAGCGGUGUAGCUGUUACCAAUGUUUACAACUGAGAGCCGCCUCUUCCUGAUGUGUCGACUAGCACCUUCGCAAGGCCACCUGUUGGGCUGACUUUCACUUCCGUCUGCUCCUUCCCUCGCUGGGGUCCACUUGAGCACAUGAUUCUGAUUUUAUUUCCCCCUCCCUGGAGGCAGUGUGUGAGGACCGUGUGGGAAUGAAAUCUCUUAUACAUACUUAGCACAGCACCUAGAGUAUGGACUUGUACUACCGUUCCGUAAAGAGGGUGCAAUAGACUUAACUGUAAAGCGUUGGGAAAAGUAUAGUAUUGUAUUUGUAACAAUAUCGUUCUUUGUAUACACAAAACUCAAUGAUCUCUAUAUAUAAAUAUAAAUAAAUAUAUAAAGAAGAUAUCUACACGUGAGCCUGGAAUGUUGGCACCGCACACCCACUGAAUGUAUCUCCUCUGACAGUCUGGUCACCGGUCCCAGCCUGCCCGCCCCUUCUCCUUACCGUGGCCAGUCAUCUGGUUUGGGGUUGUGAUGUAUUAAACGUGCUAUCUCCUUUAUUUAACUGAACGCUAAUGUCUGUAUAAGAGUUGCUGCAACAAUAAACAAGACUUUCACCUCUUGGA